CCGCUCCGCGCCGCCGGCCGAGCGGGGGCUGCCGGGCCAGGCCCGCCAUGGAGGUGGAAGAGGCGUUCCAGGCGGUGGGGGAGAUGGGCAUCUACCAGAUGUACUUGUGCUUCCUGCUGGCCGUGCUGCUGCAGCUCUACGUGGCCACGGAGGCCAUCCUCAUCGCCCUGGUGGGGGCCACGCCCGCGUACCGCUGGGACCUGGCGGGGCUCCUGCCCAAUCAGAGCCUCGGCAACCGGUCAGCAGGUGACGAGCGCGCGCUCGGGGACUGGCUGCGGACAGCCAACGGCAGCGAGGUCCGCAAGCACGUGCACUUCAGCGGCAGCUUCACCUCCAUCGCGUCUGAGUGGUUUUUAAUUGCCAACAGAUCUUACAAAGUCAGUGCAGCAAGCUCUUUCUUCUUCAGUGGUGUGUUUGUGGGAGUUAUUUCCUUUGGUCAGCUUUCAGAUCGCUUCGGAAGGAAAAAAGUCUAUCUCACAGGUUUUGCUCUUGACAUCUUAUUUGCUGUUGCAAAUGGGUUUUCCCCCUCCUAUGAGUUCUUCGCCGUAACUCGCUUCCUGGUAGGCGUGAUGAACGGAGGAAUGUCGCUGGUGGCCUUCGUCCUGCUGAACGAAUGUGUGGGCACCGCCUACUGGGCACUCGCAGGAUCGAUCGGUGGCCUCUUCUUCGCAGUUGGCAUUGCCCAGUAUGCCCUGUUGGGAUACUUCAUCCGCUCCUGGAGGACCCUCGCCGUUCUGGUUAACCUACAGGGAACGGUGGUCUUUCUCCUGUCGUUAUUCAUUCCUGAAUCACCUCGUUGGUUAUACUCCCAGGGUCGACUGAGUGAGGCUGAAGCGGCUCUGUACCUCAUUGCCAAAAGGAACCGCAAGCUCAAGUGCACGUUCUCCCUAACAUAUCGGGCUAGCAGGAGCCACAGGGAGACCGGAAGUUUCCUGGAUCUGUUCCGUUACCGGAUCCUCUUGGGGCACACGCUGACCCUGAUGUUCAUCUGGUUUGUGUGCAGCUUGGUGUACUAUGGCCUCACUCUGAGCGCAGGUGAUCUAGGCGGAAAUAUUUAUGCCAACCUGGCCCUGUCUGGCCUCAUAGAGAUUCCAUCCUACCCUAUCUGCAUCUACUUGAUUAACCAAAAAUGGUUUGGUCGGAAGCGGACAUUAGCGGCAUUUCUGUGCCUAGGAGGACUGGCUUGUCUUAUUAUAAUGUUUCUUCCAGAAAAGAAAGACACAGGUGUGUUUGCCGUGGUGAACAGCCAUUCCUUGUCUCUGCUCGGGAAGCUGACGAUCAGCGCGGCCUUUAACGUGGUGUACAUCUACACCUCUGAGCUGUACCCCACAGUCAUCAGGAACGUUGGGCUUGGAACUUGUUCUAUGUUCUCCCGAGUUGGUGGGAUUAUUGCCCCCUUCAUCCCCUCACUGAGAUAUGUGCAGUGGUCUUUACCCUUCAUUGUCUUUGGAGCCACCGGCCUGACUUCGGGCCUCCUGAGUUUAUUAUUGCCGGAAACCCUUAACAGCCCAUUGCUAGAGACGUUUUCCGACCUUCAGGUGUAUUCAUAUCGGAGGCUAGGGGAUGAAGCAUUAUCUUUACAGACCUUGGAUCCGCCACAGUCUGUGGACAAGGACAACACUUUAGGCAGUGAGAGUGAGGAAGAGGAGGAGUUUUUCGAUGCAGAUGAAGAAACCCAGAUGAUUAAGUGAAGAGCCCCGGCUCCCCCCUCACAAGCAGAUGAUCUCCUUGCCUCUGGCGAAGGCAGGCUUUUCCAGGAAACCUAAGAGUUGUAGAAGCACAGGCUUGAACAUGCAUGGAAGGUCCUCAGCAUGGGCUCAUUUUUUUUCAGGCACAAAGGACAAUGGAGAAGAGAUUUCAUGAGCGAGGACAUCACAAUACUGAAGGAACAGUCGUUCGUUAGUCCACAAUUCAGGUUUAUUUCCGAACCAUGACUUCUGGCCAGAUAGCUCAACUCCGCACACCAGAGUGGAAAGCUAAUUUGUUUCUAGAAGUCUGACUGUGUUGCUUAUCCUUGAUCAUGACCUAAAGGCAGACAUGUAAAAUUCCUUCUCACCACGUUAGUGGAAUAAGAUAAACCAUCCUUAAGAUUUCAUCCUAAUACCAUAUUUGACAUCUACCCCCAUCAUCUGUGCCUCACCAGGAAUCUCUUGAGGCCGACUGUUGUUCACAUUCCAGUUUUUUGCCAGAGGAAUAGCACUGAGAGGUAACUGUAUGUGGCCCAAGGCCUCCAGCUUUACCCUAACUGUCCACCCCUUGCUUUCCAAGCUUAGGGUUGGCUUGAGCUCCUCGUGCCUUGAGUCCUACAGACGAUUGCCUAGGAAAAGCCAACUGUACUGAAGCGGUUUUCCGAGAGCCCGAGGUGUGGCUGCAGUUCCCUGUCCAUUCCCUUUGACAGUUCAGACCUGUGCGCAUCUCCAGAAACUGGUCCAUCUCAGAUUCCAGUACCAGCACUCACUUCAGAACCGUGCUCGGUAACAGAUGAAGCUUUGUGAGGGCGGAGAGCACUUGCAGAGUGACAGACAUGUUGGGCACUUGAAAAGGGGCAGCUUUUAUAAGGAAGAAAAGAAAAUGAUCUGUCACGGGUUUUUGUUUGUCUGUUUUCGGCAUUGUGCAACAAGGCACUUGGGCAACCGUUAAGAACUUGAACGCUUCUGAUCCCAGAUCAGUCCCUGCCUCUGUAGUCAGAGUAAAAAGCAAGUAAUUUCAUAGGAAAUGUGGUUUUUUUCAUGAAGUACUGCCAACUUUAAAAUAAGUCUGUCGCACUUAGUUUUCUAAAAUCAUAUGCUGGAAAUACCUGUUUCCCUUGAAACUUGAAUGCUAUCUCAAGUAGGAGUAUUAACCUGGAAUCAACAAGUUUGUGCAAUAUGGCCUUAGGCUGCUUUCCCAACAAGGAACAUUCCAGUGUUUCAGAAUUUCCAUUUUACUAACUUUGGGAGAAAGAGAAGUUGCAUUGGAGGUAAAGAGAAGACGUCAUGGGGCCUGCUUCUGGAAAUCUUGGAGGCAUCACCCCCAGUUGGCUCUGACACUUUCCCGUCCCCUUCCACACUAACCUCUUGGUUUGCACUCUUAUUAGUCUGUACCUUUGUAUUUGUUAAAGUAUUUUUAUGUCCUUUAUGCCCUUGAUGAUAUUUUGAGCUCUUCAUAAAUAGGGACCAUCUCUCCUGCUGUUUGUUUCUCUCUGCUAUUUGCCGAAGAAUAUGGGCCUAGACACAAUCAGUAUCUAAUAAAUAUUACUGUUUCUAACCAUCAAGAAAA